AUGGACUCGACCACACUCGUUACCUUUCUUUAUAAAUCAAGACCGGAUGUCCAAACAGUGGAACUUUUUGGCUCAUGGGACAACUUCUCAAGAUCGUACCGUAUGCAAAGCGAUGGCCACAGAGGUCGUGGUGUCUGGACUGGAUGCCACUCAUUCGAAAACAUUAUCUGUGAUGGUGAUCGUAUCAACCAGCUCAGGCCCAGAAAUGGUGCCUUGAAACAGGGUGGAACCUACUGGUACUAUUACAAACUCGAUGAUGCCGAGGAAACCUGCGACUUGACUGCCUCAACAACAAAUGCCUGCCCACUGCUACCUGGGCAAAUGGUCAACGUCAUGGAAAUCCCUGUUGAAGUGAUCGAGGCCCCUCAAAGAGUUAGCAGCGCUUCGGCCGAUCUACCAUCUACUAUGGAACACCCCAUGACCACCAACCCCGAAGACAGAUAUAAGAAGAUCUACAGCAAGCCGCCUACCAAGCUUCCUCGCUACUAUUGCUCUAGUGACGCAUUGCGUGAGAGAUUUGCUGCGGAUGCCACAAUGUCAAGAGAUCUCAGGUUCAGAGAACGACCAUCUUCUCGGGGUCUCAGGUCUGUAAAACGCGUUCGCCGUGAGGAGCCUGAAUAUCAAAAACCUGGUGCAUGUCAAGUUGAGGCUUCUUGGGAUGACAUUUCAGCGCUAGCAAACAUACCCGAUCUUAAUCAGAGCAUGAACCACCUGCCAGAACUUCGACCCUUUGGACCUUGCCCUAGUGCUUCGCCUGAAGAAAGGCCAGUGACUCGAGCUGGAGGACUCUUUACUGAUCUUACCAAAGGCUUGGGAUUCUCAUUCUUCGGAUCACUUAGACAACCGAAGAAGAACACGCACCGUCUUAGUCAGGAGUUCACGAUGGACAUUGAUGAUUCACCAUCGCAAAUACCUCAAUACGAUGGCGCCAACGACGAACCGCAAUCUGCACAAUGGCCCCUUAGCCCACCUUUGUCCGAGUUGGCAGAUGAAGAGAACUGGCCAUUGCCACCUCUCAACCGAUUCAGACCGUCUUCUUCUCACACGCCUGUCCAUGGGCCCUCAACACCGACCUCUGCAAUCCCUAUUCUCAACCUCAACAAUCAAUCUCAGUCACAGACCAGCACAUUCCACCAGCCUUUUACAUCACCAGCAUUUUCUUCUUCAGUUGCAUCAGACGACUUCCACCCCGGCUUUGGACCCAACAAAAGCGUCCCCGGCAGCUUUGACAUGGCUUCUCCAACAUUCACAGCCGAUACCCUCGAUUCCUCCUUCUCCUCCAGCCUCACAACACCCGACCGCCUCAGCUUUAGCCUCGACACAUCCAGACACGAUCCCGAGCCCUCAAACGUCAACACCGGUCUCGAAGAUCUAAGCAACCGUCUCUCCACUCUCUACACCAGUCCUUCCUCAUCCCACUCCUCCCACUUCAGCGAGUACGACGACUCCCUUUCCUCACACCACACAACCAAAACCCCCGAGUUUCUCGCUUUUUUCCCUCGUGCGACACCGCUAUACCUUCAAAACGUACAAGCCCGUCGUAGCAGAAGCAGUGGUGAUUGCGAGCAAAAGUCUAAUUCUAGUUGUUUGACGCUUAAACCAAGUGCAAAAGCAGAAAGACCUUUUUCGUUGUGUUUGCCCGUGGGAGCUGGAGAGUGGGAUGUUGAAGACCAUGGUUUUUCUAGCGAUGUUUUGGGGGCUUUGGGAUUAGCCUGA